AUGUCAACAAACAAAAAACAAUUAAAAAAAAUACGAAAAAAGGGCGAAUGAAAUGCGGAAGUGUAUUAAAUUAAUUUACAAUUUAUAAACGAAAAAAAAAAACUAAACUAAAAAACAUAAACUUUAAUAUAAAUUUAUUAAAAAUCGACAAACUACACAACUCUUUUAACAAAAUGGCAAUAAAAUUCGACCAACAAAAGACCAAACAGCAACUAUUUCAUCUGUCCAUUAGCCUGGCCACUGUCCUCGUUUGCAUGACUUACAUGCAAUUCCGCCGAAACUGGGCACAUGUCGGCAAAUUCUGGGAAUCAUUCAUUAUUCCCAUCGUCUUCACCGGGGAGCUGUUGAAGGUGAUUCUCGCAAGGUAUUGCGGUCGAUUGGAAACGAGUAAUCUCACAGCAAAACAACGACAGAAAAAGGCUGCCUACUUUUCGGCCCGUGAAAUAUUCGGUGGACUGCUGAUGCAGUUCUUGUGCACUAUGCUCUAUGCCUUCAUAUGUAUCAUACUAGGAGCACCAGUUCUGCAGAAUUAUGAACAGACAUUCGUCCUCGCAAUGGUCCUUACUUUGAUGACCGUCUCGCCGACUGUUUUCCUUCUGGGCGGUGGUGGUUCACUGCAAGUGUGCUUCUGUGAAAAAGUCGAAUUCCUAACCAAAAGCGAAGAGAUAUCAUUGGAUCUGUUCAAGUACAAUGCAGUGGGGGCAAUUUUCGGUGCCUGGGCGGGCUCUGUGGUGGCUCCACUCGACUGGGAUCGCGAUUGGCAGGUCUAUCCAAUUCCAAAUGUCGUCGGUGCCUUGCUCGGUUGUGGAUUAGGUAACAUCUAUGCGUGCUCCAAGGUCCUCUACUCAACUGCUAAGGUGUACAUCAGCAAGAAGCGCUCAUAAAUAUCCAUCCCCACUAUCCUGUCCAAUGCCAUUCGCUGCGUGUGUCUUCGGCAUCGCGGUCGGGAUGGUUUUUCUAGUCACAACAAAUAACUCAAAACGACGAAGACAACGUGUUCAGAAAUUAAAAGCAAACAAAAACAAUAAACAAAAAAUAAGCA